CUAUUUUGGUCAUCUUGGCGAUAGCAACGCCACUGUGCACUUUUCGCGGAAGUUUGUGAGAAAGUAAAAUCAAAGGAUUUUUUCUCCUGCAUUUCCCAGAGAUUUUCCACAGGAAUAGUAUAGCACAACAGAAUGCCGAAAGACAAGAAAGCCAGCAAGAAAUCCAGCAGUUCGGACAGCGAUUCCGGACCAGAGGACAGAAAUCCACCGUCGAAGAAAGCAAAAUUGGGGGAGAAAGAGAAGCAAGCGUCUUCAUCCAACGUCACCGGAGCGGAUGCUGAGUGGCAGUUGGAGAAGAUGCGCUGGGUGAGUGUGUCGGAGUUCCGCGGACGGAAGAUGGUGAACAUUCGGGAGUAUUAUGAGCGCGACGGGAAGAUUCUGCCGGGAAAGAAAGGAAUCGCUCUGUCUGCGGAGCAGUGGAGGAAGCUCUGCUCCGUUAUGAACGAGGUGAAUGAGGAGCUGAAGUGAGAAAGAGUGUGGAGGAGGUUUCAAUGUUUAUUCCUAAAAAUAUUACAACACAUUUCGAUAAA